AUGGUGACGGCCACCACCACCGCCACCGAGGCGUCCACCUCGGUCGCAGCCUCGACGCGAAGAGGCGCACUCGCCCGCCUCUCGCUCAAGGGCAAGCUCUACCAGAAGGGCUCCUCCACCGACGCGCUGCUCAAGCGCGUCCGCCAGGUCCGCACCGAACUCAGCGAGAUGGACCAGGACGCCGUCGACGUCAACUCGCUCAAGGACGUCUGCCGCGAGCUCGUCACGCCCGCUCUCAUGCUCCACAAGGACAAGGCGGUCAAGGCGCACGUCGCCUGCUGCCUCGCCGACAUGCUCCGCCUCUUUGCGCCCAACGCGCCCUUCACCCCGGCAGAACUGCGCGACAUCUUCCAGUUCUUCCUGCAUCAGCUCACCAUGCCCGCCGCCGGCCUCUCCAAACCCACCGGCCCGCAGUACGCAGAGUACUUUUACCUCCUCGAGAGCCUCAGCAACGUCAAGUCGGUCGUGCUCGUCUGCGAUCUCGCCAAUGCAGACGAACUCAUGUCCGACUACUUCAAGGGCUUCCUCGAACUCGCACGCCCCGACAUGUCCAAGAACGUCGAGAUCUGCAUCGCCGACGUGCUCGUCCAGCUCAUCGACGAGUGCGUCACGCUGCCCCCCGAGGUGCUCGAGCUGCUCCUCGCCAACUUUACACCAAAGGCGGUCAAGCACAACCCCGCAGCACACCGCCUCGCCGUCGAGGUGUGCUCCAACACCAAGGACCGCCUGCAGAAGUACGUCGCACAGUACUUUAACGAGGUCAUCAACUCGGCCUCGCAGGAGGACGACCAGGACGAGCGCAUCGAGAGCCUCCAGACGGCGCACGCGCUCAUCGUCCAGAUCAACCGCGUCGUGCCCUCGCUGCUGCUCAACGUCAUCCCGCAGCUCGAGGAGGAGCUCCGCGCCGAAGAUGCGCAGCUGCGCGUGCUCGCCACCAAGGUGCUCGCACAGAUGUUUGCCGAGAAGCCCUCGUCGGUCGCCGCUGCAGAGACGGGCGACCUGGCACGCAGAUACGCCGGCACCUGGCGCGCGUGGCUCGGCAGGGCCAACGACAAGUCGGUCAGCCUGCGCGUCGUGUGGGCCGAGUCCGCCAAGCCGCUGCUCGUCCACCAUCCGGAGCUGCGCCACGACCUCACGCCCAUCCUGCAGGCCAAGCUGCUCGAGAACGACGAGCGCGUGCGCGCCGCCACCGCCAAGAUGCUCGGCUCGCUCGACUACGAGACGGCGCUCCACCACGUCGACAAGUCGGUGAUGCUCACGCUCGCCGACCGCUGCAAGGACAAGAAGACGCUCGUGCGCAGGGAGGCGCUCGGCGCCGUCGGAAGGCUCUUCGACAUGGCCGUCUCCGAGAUCGACAACAACGACGCCGCCGCCAUCCAGCAGUUUGCCUGGAUCCCGCAGGAGGUGUUCAAGUGCAUCUAUGCCGGCCAGCACGACCUGGAGCUGCUCGUGGCGGCGACGGUGGAAAAGCACAUCCUCCCCGUGCCUGCGAAUGCCGACGACGACGAGGCGGCGUGGACGAAUCGCCUGCUGCUCGUCAUGAAGUACCUCGAGCCCGAUGCGACCAAGGCGAUGCUGCGCCUGUCGAACCUCAUCCUCGUGCGCCCCGCGCUGCUCGACCGAUUCCUGGACUGCUGCGAGCAGUACAACGGCGGCGAGGUGGCGGCGGACAAGGAUUCGGCGGUGGUCAAGACGGCCAUGGCCGACCGCAUCCGUCGGUGCGCCGGGCUGUUCGCCGAUCCGGAGCGCGCCAAGACGGACCUGCACGCGUUCGCCAAGCUCAACGACGCGCGCAUCGUGCGUCUCAUCCGCACGUGCUUUGAUCCGCAGACCGACCUCAAGACGGCGGUCAAGAGCCGCAACGACGCGCUGCGCCGCAUCGAGAACGCCAACGCCGCCAUGCUCGACACGCUCACCGUGUUCAUCCGCAGCGGGUCGUACCUCAUCCUCAACCGCUCGUCGGUGCCCACGCUGAUCCGCAAGCUGUCCGCGCCGCCCGGUGCGCGCGGGAAGCAGGCUGCAUCGCAGUCGCAGUCGCAGGCGGGCGAGGGCGUGGCGGACGUCGAGACGCACCGCGCGUCGGCGCACGAGCUGCUCGAGUUCAUGGCGAAACGGUGUCCGGCCAUGCUCGGCAUGCACGUGCCCGAGCUGUGCCGCGCGCUGUUCGACGAGGCCAAUGCGGUGCUCGUGCAGACGUGUGUGCAGGCGCUUGCGGCGGUCGCCCAGUGGAACGCCGCCAAGGUGCAGCUCGACAAGAAGGCGGUGGAGCGUCUGGCCAAGCUCGUGCUCAAGGGCACGCCGCUGCAGGCCAAGUAUGCGGCCAAGCUGCUGGCGAUCGUCGCGACGGGCGGCGCACGCGGGGGGCGCAAGGCGGUCGGUCAGAAGCCGGGUGCGCCGGGGGCGUCCGUUUCGAGCAGUGCGGCAUAUGGCGUGCUGGAGGAGGUUCUUGAUUCGCUCGCCAAGCAUCUGGGUGGUGCCAAGGCGGAGCGGCAGGUGGCGAUUCUGCAGAGUCUGGCGCAGCUGUUCAAGCACGCGCCCGAUGCGAGCGAGAAUGUGAGCAGCACGGUGGUGCGUACGAUUCUAUCCGAGAUCCUGCUCAAGCCGCUCACGGGCAAGGGCAAGGCGUACGCAGGAGGUGAGGAUUGGGUGGACGAUUCGGCGGUGGACCACGAGUUGCGCGCCAAGCUGUUGGGGCUGCACGUGCUCACGCGGCGGUGCGAGGCGUUCGCCGAUACCGACAGUGCGGCUGACUUGGCCAAGCCGAUCUUCCGGCUGCUGUGGGCGGUGGUGGGAGCAGGGGAGGCCAAGGCGUUGGGGACGCCGGCGGCGGCCAAGUCGCGCAUGAGGUUGCAGGCGGCCGUGUGCGUGUUGAAGCUCGCGCGGCAUCCGGCGUACGAUGCGUGCAUCGGGCGCGAGUAUCUCGACCUGGCGUUUACGGUGCAGGACGAGUCGUUCAAUGUGCGCUCGCGCGUGCUGCACAAGCUGCUGAGCUAUCUCAAGACGCGUCGGAUCGACUCGCGCUUUCUCGCCAUGGCGUUUUUGGCGGCGUACGAUCCCGAGGACGAGAAUCGCAAUAUGGUGCUGCGGUAUUGUCAGUCGCAUCGGCCGCUACCGGCUGAGCAACGGCUCAAGUAUCUGGACGUUGCACUGCCCCGAUUGCUGCAUCUGCUGGCGCACCAUCCGGACUUUGCACGCGAUAGUGCGGACGACAUCCGCCAAUUCGUGCGCUACCUCGACUUCUUCCUCGAUGCGCUUGCGUCGGCGUCGAAUGUUUCGCUGUUCUACUACCUCGCGACGCGCGUCAAGGGUGUGCGCGAUGCCGAAUCCCAGGGUGCAUCCGAGAACCUGUAUGCGCUGUCCGAGUUGGCGCAGCUGGUGAUCAAGCGCCGUGCAGCCUCGCAGGCAUGGACGAUCGAGAGCUAUCCCGCCAAAAUCACGCUGCCCAGCGACAUCUUCAAGCCGCUCCCGAGCCGCGAGGUGCAGCGCGAGAUCUACGACCGCCAAUUCCUCCCCACCGUCCUCGUGCGUCAACUGUCCGAGGUCAAACUCAAGACCAAGGCCGCAGCUGCCGGUGGCGCCGGCGCAAAGUGGAGCAUGGCCAACAUCCGGACGGCGCCGCAGAAGAGAAAGACGGCGCAAAAGAGCGCCAAGUCCAAAAAGCGUAGAUCCGCCAAGAGAGACGAUGACGAUGAUGACGAUGAAGACGAGGAGGAGGAAGAGGAAGACGAGGAGCAGGAGCAGGACGACGGCGACGAAAGCUCCGAACUGUCCGAGGAAGAGUAA